AAUAGUUCUCUAUCCAACCUCUUCCCCAUUUGCAGGCGCUCUAAAUAUACGAAUGUUUUCCUCAUCCGAUUCGAUACAAGGGCGUUACAAAGCCUCGUCUGGAAUCAGGUACUUCGCGCACAUGUAAAAGCACUUAGACCCUUUGUCGAUGACAUAACGUUCUACUAACUUAGCAGAGAUAGUGACGUAAAAGCAAACAAAACCAAUUGGUGUCAAUUUAAGCAAUUUCUAGUGCAGAGUACAGGGUAAAUUUUUAUUUCGUCUAAAGCGGUGUGGCAGUGUAUGUCUAAUAGCAGUAAAUGUGCACGUUGUAAAGCUAUCGACCUCUGUUGUUCACCAUUUGAGGCUUAAUCUGAUUUGUGUAGACUGACUGAAAGCUACUCAAGUGGUCGAAUUUGAUUGGCUUCUCUAUACACGAAUGACAUUUUGUUCAAAAACAAGGCCAUAGAGUUGAUUGCACAAUGAAGAAUUUCCAGCGACGCCGCGUCUACCCGUACGGGCUUAGUGGUGGUGACCUAGAUGGGAACCACAUACAUUCCGAAACGUAUCAAGACGACCAAGAAUCAAUGAAGGAUCGCGGCGAUAAAGGCCUCUACUUAGAAGAGGCUUUUAAUCGACCGCAACAACAUCAACAAAAGCAAAAUCAGCGAACAGAACAAUGUACGUCGUGCAAAGGACUUAAAUGGUACUUCCGGGCGUACGUGUACGGACUGCAUGCACUGGUCUACGAAUAUUUAUCGCUUCUGCGCCAUCGCGGCGGAAAUGACCAUUCCAGUGAUACUGAAGAAAGUUUCUUGGCCUCCUUGCCAUUUGAGGCCGGCUUUCCUCUGCGAAUACUCACCUAUAUGACUGUACUUUGGGUGAUUGAGUUUCUGUAUUUGCGAUUUCAUAUUUUUGUUAUACCAAUCCUGAUUCGCGGUGUGGCAUACCUCAUUUUCGCACUCACCAUUGACGCCCUCUGUUACUACAUCUGUAGUGAUCUAGCGCUUGGUAUUACAAUAGAAGCCUGCCCUGUGUGGGUUGUCGGCCUGAUCUUUAUCGAAAAACUCCUCACGGAAACGCUACUUCGACGACUUCAUUAUUGUUCAGUUGGACAGGGACACAUUAAAGAUGACCUCGAGCUUUUUAUCGAAGGCCUCAUGACGCCACCACCACCAGGAUGCUGCGGUGGAGCGCACCGUUGUCCUAGGCAUCGCAGGUCCCUCAAACACGCAAACGGCCAUUCCCAGUCGCACGAUUACGGACGCCAGCUUCAUCAAUGCCAUCGUGGCGAACUGGAACGAACUCAUGAUCCAACGAUAGGCUACGCACACUCUACCGAUGACAUUGUUGAAGGUAUCAUGUCCUUAAGACCGGUGCGAUGGCCAUCUAGAAAUGCAGCUAGCUUGAAGGAAAUCACCGACCGUUUCCCUAUUGAACCUAAUGAAAUUAUGGGAGACUUUCCGCAAAAUCAAAAAAAAUCAUCGGAGAUUUUUCCACAAAAUCAAGAUAUCAUCGAAGAGCUACCAAAUAAACUAGAAGAAUCUUUUUAGUCAAACAUGCAUGAAAGAGCACCCUAGCUAGCAGAAAAAAACGUGCAUUUAAAAACUCAGUAGGAUCUGCACAAAUGUUUUAUGGUUCUCGCAACGAAGGCUACAUAAACAGAAUAUGCUAUACCUAACCGAAAAAAAAUAGCUUCCUGUACUGCAACAAUGGCAAAGGACUUAGAAAUGUAGAUGGAUAGUAAGUCGAACUGGUAGGAUCGAACAGCACGCUAAUUCAGCGGAAUAAAAACAAUACCAGCCUUGAUAAUGAGCUUCACUGGUUUUAUUGAGGAGAUCAAUAAAAUGCAUAAAUAUUUGUAAGUGAUAUCAAAACAGUUCCGAUUAAUUUCUGUUUCGAGAUAUAUUAUUUCUGUCAAACCGUUUCACAUUUAUCUGAAAUAGGUUUCGAUAAAAGAAGUGGAGCUAGCACUCUUUGAAAAACAGCUUAAACGUCAUGAAAACUAAUAAACCUACUGUUAUGAAGAGAGAUUACCACGGCUAUGAUAAUGACACUCAAUAUAAAAAGAGCAUUAAUUUAAAAAUGAGAGCUCGAGACAUUUUGGUCUGAACGCAGGACUCUUAUUAUUAUUUUUUUUUGUAAAAACCUUUCUGUGCUUUUACGCGGGCAAAAAAAAUCAGGAAUUUUAAAAUAUUUAUCAAAUUGCCCUGUUAUGAAUUUUGAGCUUCUUUUAAACUUAAAUAAUACUGAAAAUAUUUACUUUCUCAGAAAACAUGAAUCUUUCUUUAGAUUUUUUUAUACCUGGUUUUUAUUGAAUUGAUUGACCAUACAUGCGCCUGAAGCCGACGGCCCACCGUUUAGAACACAUAGUUACAGAACUCCUGACCCCACUAUAAUUACUUUACCCACCAUAAUUCUACUCACGAAGAUCAUAAAUGGAUCGAAGCUUCGGUUUCAAGUUGUUUUUCUGUUUGGGCUAAGGUUGUAACAUGACCGAAUUAUGUUGCACCAAAAAAUUUCUAAUAUAAAAAAUCAGCUUAGGCAGAGCGUAUGCUAUCGUAUUUCUCAUAAAGAGGAACACCAUAUAAAACGAUACCGUGCGACAUAGCAUAAGACUCUGUUUGAUAAAGAUCUUUAAGCCGACACUGCUGGAAUUAGACCUUGUAGCACAAUGUAAAAGCUCCACUAAUACAAAAUAAAUAUUCUAUCUUUUCCUCAUUCUCAUACAGAAGGUAUGAAGGUAAAGUGAUCUUACUUUGUGGUAUUAAAGUGCACGAAGACAAACUUAACUCUUGCCAAACCAUAUAUUUAAAAAACAGUGUUACUGAGUGAAUAAAUCUAUUCCAUGUAAUUGUCUAAACAAGUGACAUUUUCGAGUUCCAAGUGUUUUUAUCAUGCACCGCAGUCGAGCCGGCACGUGCAAUAUCUUUACAUUAACUUUGUAUCCGCUGAUGCGUUUGCAUCCAGUAAACCUUACAAAUUCAAAGAAAUGUCUACUUAACUGGACGCUUUCGCGAUAAUCGUUCCAGCUUGUUUAUUGUUGUUGGCUCUCGCAUUCUGGAGCACACUUCUAUAUUAUACGAAGACAAGUAGGCACGAACAUAGCAAGUAGUACUAUAAAGUUAAAAGUAAAACGUGAGUGUGAUAGAACUAAAUGUACGUAUAACUGCAACAUAUCUCUACAUAAUGUUUUUAGCCAGUUUUUAAUGAUUCUAUUGACACUUGCGUAUGAGUGAACUUUUGCUGUGCAGGCGACGCUAAGACGUCAAAUAUCACAAAGGUGAAUAACUGUAAAAGAUUAGAAGAACAUUAACGCAACAAUCUUUCCGGAAAAUGUUAUAAGGAAGAAAGGUGAACUUGAAAUAAAGCGAGGACAGAGAUCGAGUGAAAUCAGGUAGAUCGUAAGGAUGCGCAAGUGUAAGCAAGCGAGUACAAUAAAGUCUGAGUAACAACAGGCCAUGCCUUCCGGACAUAGCUGUGGGUAAUUCUCAU